CGCAAGAGAGGACUUUUUCCACUUCACCCAGUCCUCUGAUUUCUCUCUCGCUCUCUGCUCCAGUCCGUCGAGCCAGCAAAAAUGAAGCUCCUCACCACAAACUUCCUGACCUGCGCCGUCAAGGCCUGCAAGUCCUCCUCUGCCUCGUUCCCGCUGCACUUCAAGGACGCCGUGCUAGAACGCACCGAGAUCGAGUUCAACCCGUUAUUCAUGCAGAACAUCCUGCCGCGCGUGAACUGGGAGGCGUUGACCGUCACAGCGACCGAAUUGGGAUUGCAGGCGCUGGUCCCGGAGAAGAACCCCGCGGAUCUUGACGACAUGAGCCCGGAAACAAAGGAGGAGGACCACGAGAUGGAUGUCGAAGGUGACGAGCCAGACCACGAACAAGAGGGUGCUCCAAAGGAGGCGGAGAUUGAUGAGGAGGUCCUGAAGAAGUUACACACCCUCCUCCUCGAGACCGGUGUGUCGGAGGGGAAACUGGUCUGUGGAAACUGCGGCUUUGAAUAUCCCAUCAAGGAAGGCGUGGGCAACUUUCUAUUGCCUGCGCAUUUGGUGUGAGAAGAGCCCAGACACGGAUUGCGGUAGUAAAGACAGAAACCGCUGCACCUGUCACAUCUCGCUCCAGAACACCUCCGCCGUCAGCCGCCGAGAUAAAUAUGAUUGAUUGGCUGGGCAAUUGAACUGCGAAAUUGCACCUACCCAACUCCUGCAAGGUCACCCACGAUGAGACGCAAGAGAGGAGCAUGGAAUUGAUUGUGGGUUGCACAGAAGCAGGCCCGGCCAUCAACGGACCAAGGGGCUCGCAAACACCGCAUUCUGGGCUCUGGGCGAGAGUUGGAAGUCGGGCUGUCAGUUCGUCGCUGGGGACUUGCGUGGGAGAAGAAGCGACCUUCUACCAGCACCGCUCCGGAAACAGUCACCCAAGAGAGAUGUUACGUUGUGUGCCUGUCGUAUCUCGAAAGAGGAGGUGAAGGUCUCUCAGAAGCACAUGCCUCUCUCUGCUCAGUUGAAAAGGUUCGAUCAAGGGGACAGAGAACAGCCAAUUCUGUGGAAACGCCGCCCAUGGAGGCAAAGCACUUUAGCCCCUACUCUAUGUACGGACUACUUAGAUGUCCUUCUUCAGGGUGACCAGACCCUUCGGGCUGUGUGCGGCGUGCAGUUGCUGUGCUUGUCAAGCAGUAGGUUGAGAUGAUACAAGUACACAAAAAGAGAGAGAGAAAUCUCUCCAACUCGUUCAUUGGCGGUGUCGUCCCUUCUGUAAUGCUCCAUCACUUGAGUUGAGUUAACGGAGUUCGUUCACUGUCGGCCACUUGCCUGCGACUCAUCACACCCCUGCCUUGUUGAAAU